GGCAGCACUAGCCUGGGAAAUCCGCUAAUGGGUUAUUAUGUCCCACGGACCGUGAAGGCAGCAGGACGCGCGGAAAAAGAAACAAUCAUGGCUGAGACGGUGUCUGACAGUGACGUGCAGCCUAUGAAGCCGCCACCCAAACGCCGACGCAUCCUCGACCCUUCAGCUAUCGUCCCGGUGCCGGUCUACUCCAGCAAGGUGAGCAGCAGUCUGCAGCUGAAGCCGAUGGCUCCCGUGUUUACAGAGAAAGAAGAUAAAGACGAUGCUGCAGACGACAGUUUGUGGUCGCAGUUUUCAUCUCGAGGAACGACGGCAGCCGUCGUCGCCCUCAGUGACUCGGAGGAGGACGAAGCAGAACACGUGGAGAACAAAGCAGAACACGACAAACUAGAAACCAUUCGCUGCCCGUCUCCUCCACCUCCCGAGAGUCCCGUCCAGAAACAGUCCAGACAGGUGAAAAAGAAGAUCAGUGAGAUCGACAGGAGGCUCCGGGCGGUGAACUCCCUCCUGUCUCCGGAGCAUCAGAACAGGACCAGGUCCAGACGCCACCGAGGCCCCCCCUCUCCAACGCUUGAGGAGGAGCAGGACGAUGAUGUCAUCAUAUUAACCCCUAACCCGGGCCCACAGAGUUCACCGUACAGCUCCUUGGUCCGGGAGAUCCCCCUGAAGAUCCGCUGUCGGACAGACGUCCACAAGAUCCCCGUGCUGUCUUCAACGCCUUUAAGCGACGUGUUGGCUCAGCUGUCCGUCAUCCUCAAGGUCCCGCCCCCUCGCCUCCUGCUGCUGAGGGAGGAAGUGGAGUUGCCGACAGACGCCACCGUCAGCAAGCUCGGCCUCGGCAUCGCAGACAUCAUAGCGGCGGCCAUGUCUCUGGGCGAGCCCACGUCGGACUCGGCGCCUUUCUUCUCUGAUGACAGCGAGGCGGAGGGAUCGGAGGAGCAGGGCGGGGCGGCGUCGGCUCAGCGGCAGCAGGAGGAGUCGCCCAGCGGGGUGUCCAGAGUCCGAGCCCUGCUGACCGUCCUCAUCCUCUGCUACAUCAACCUGCUCAACUACAUGGACAGGUUCACUGUGGCAGGUGUUCUCCCAGACAUAGAGCAUUAUUUUGGGAUUGAUGAUGGGAAGUCUGGUUUACUCCAAACAGUUUUUAUCUGCAGCUACAUGUUCCUGGCUCCGUUCUUUGGUUACCUUGGCGACAGGUACAACAGGAAGUACAUCAUGAGCUUUGGAAUUGCAUUCUGGUCCUUGGUGACGCUCGCCAGCUCCUAUACUCCAAAAGAACACUUCUGGGCUCUGUUGUUGACUCGAGGCCUGGUCGGAGUCGGGGAGGCCAGUUACUCCACCAUCGCCCCCACCAUCAUCGCUGACCUCUACGUCAAGGGGAAGAGGACGAACAUGCUCUCCGUCUUUUACUUCGCCAUCCCUGUGGGCAGCGGCCUCGGAUACAUCGUGGGCUCACAAGUCAGUAACAUAGCGAAGGACUGGCACUGGGCUCUGCGGGUGACUCCAGCUCUGGGGCUCAUCGCUGUGUUGCUGCUGCUGUUCGUGGUCCAGGAGCCUAAAAGAGGCGCCAUCGAGGCUCGACCGGAGCAUCACCUGCAGCAGACCAGCUGGCUCAAAGACCUGCAGGCGCUCGGCAAGAACUACAGCUUCGUGUUGUCCACCUUCGGCUUCACGGCGGUGGCGUUCGUCACCGGCUCUCUGGCUCUCUGGGCUCCGACCUUCCUGCUGAGGGCGGCCAUCUUCUCUGGGGAGAAAGGCCCCUGUGUGGAGGGCCACUGCAGCUCCUCAGAAAGUCUGAUCUUCGGGAUCAUCACCUGCGUCACAGGUGUGCUGGGCGUGGCCAGCGGCGUGCAGGCAAGUCGGCAGCUGAGGACGAGGACGCCCCGAGCCGAUCCUCUGGUCUGCGCCGCCGGUCUGCUCCUCUCGGCGCCCUUCCUCUACCUGGCCAUCGUCUUCGCUGAGGCCAGCACCAUCGCCACAUACGUCUUCAUCUUCCUGGGAGAAACCUUCCUGUCCAUGAACUGGGCCAUCGUGGCUGAUAUUCUCCUGUACGUGGUCGUUCCCACUCGUCGCUCCACGGCCGAGGCUCUGCAGAUCGUCAUCUCACAUCUACUGGGAGACGCUGGAAGCCCCUACAUGAUAGGAGUGGUCUCAGACUCUCUGAGGAGGACGGACUCGUUCCUGUGGCAGUUUCGGUCUCUGCAGCUCUCUCUGCUGCUCUGCUCCUUCGUGGCCGUGGUGGGCGGGGCUUUCUUCCUCGCCACCGCCCUCUUCAUCGAGACAGACCGACACCGGGCCGAGAACUACGUCCCCACAGACGACGAGCCGAUCGUCGUUCCAAAGAGCGGCCGCUCCACCCGGGUCCCGGUGUCCAGCGUCCUGAUCUGACCUCACAAACCUGACGGGGGUUUUCCCGUGUUCAGCCUGGUCCUUCAUACGUUUGUGGUUAUUUUAUUUAAUGUUUUUUAGGACUGCGAACGCCGAUCGGACUGUCUGCCAUGCAGAAACAUUUUUGGACGAGUUUAUUUUUAAAUGUUUUGUCUACGUGACUUUUUUUAUAACUUCCGCGGCGUCGCUGCAGGAGCUCGACACCUGGUUGGUCGGGGACGGGACGUUGAAGACGAGCAGCAGAGACUCCGAGGAGACGCAGCAGCUGCUCUGUUUUACAUUUAAUGGGACACUGAGGAGCGACUGACCCGACCGCCUGUAAACAUCAGUCUGAAAGACGAUACGAUCCACAUCCUCAGAGUGACCACGACCACAGCACAGGAGCUUUAUGAGUCUGUUUUCAUAUGUUUGUACAUGUCGCAGCCAGUUUUAAUAUAAACACUAACUUACACUUCAGGUCAUCAGAAGAAUCUUAAACCUCCGGCUUUUUAUUCAGUUACUCAUCUUUUACAAGGAUUACUACUGAUUUUAAUCCUCAUUUAAAAUGUUCCCGUUUUAUUUUAAGGAGCAACUCUGGUUUUCUAUGUGUCAGUGUGGCUCAGUCCGGUUUAGCCCGGCUCAGUCCGGUUUAGCCCGGUUUAGCCCGGCUCAGUGUGGCUCAGUCCGGUUUAGUCCGGCUCAGCCCGGCUCAGUCCGGUUUAGUCCGGCUCAGCCCGGCUCAGCCCAGGUGGACGGGGAGCAGUGUGUCUGUGGGGCAGCUGGAGCUCAGGCUGCAGAAACAUCAUGUAAACAAAAAGCUUUUAAAUGAAUGUUAAUAAUCAAAGUCGUUAACCUCAAAUUAUUUUAGCAAAAUCUUUUUUUGUGACUAUUAAACGAGAAUGAACUUGUCA